AUGCGGGCCAGGAAAGGGGCCCACCGGCGUGGCGCCCCCAGCGCGCUCUGGGUUUCCAAGGGCGGGGGAGUGUCUCCGGAAGUUCUGAAGGUGCACGCAAAGGUAUUUGUGUUCUGUACCACGCUCUACACGAAGAUGAAAAGGAGAAGUUGGAUUAUAAAAAGUAUUUUGAAGUAUGCGACAAUAGUUGUGGUUGGCGUUUUCAUCUUUUACAUGGUCAAAUCAAGCUUUGAUUCUGAAGAAUGUGAUCUGAUGAAAGUUCAUUAUGUGAACUCUGAGCAUGCAAAGAGAGCACAAAAGUAUGCUGAGCAAGUUUUUCAAGCGGAGUGUCGGCCGUCUUUUGUGAAGAAACAGAUGAGCAGGUUAUUUGCAGAAAAAUAUAGUGAGCAGACAUCUCCAUUUGUAAGGAAAGGUGUAAAUUCACAAAAAGCCGCCUUCAGAUAUGAGCCACCUUUUGGAUUUCACAAGUUGUCUGAAAAACUUCAGGACGUGUUGGCUCUCUUACCUGAGCAUGAUUUACCAGAAAGCAUACAGCUGAAACACUGCAAGCGCUGUGUGGUUGUGGGGAACGGAGGUGUCCUUCAUGGAUUGGAAUUGGGCUGUGCACUGAAUCGGUUCGAUGUUGUUAUAAGAUUAAAUAAUGCACCUGUUAAAGGAUAUACAGAUGAUGUUGGUAAUAAAACCACCAUAAGAAUGACUUACCCAGAAGGUGCCCCCCUCUCUGAACAUGAGUAUUAUCCAGAUGGCUUGUUUGUAGCUGUUUUAUUUAAAAGUGUUGAUUUGAUUUGGAUUCAAGCGAUGUUGAAAAACGAGUCACUGCCGCUCUGGGUGCGAUUGUUCUUUUGGAAGCAGGUAGCUGAGAAAAUCCCUGUGACGCCUGAACAGUUCCGCAUCUUGAACCCAAUAAUCAUUAAAGAGACUGCUCUGGAUAUUCUGCAGUAUCCUGAACCUCAACCAAAGUUCUGGGGAUGGGAUCAGAAUGUGCCUACAAUCGGCGUCAUUGCUGUUGUUCUGGCCACACAUCUAUGUGAUGAAGUGAGUUUGGCUGGAUUUGGAUAUGAUCUCAGCCAGCCCAAAAUGAAGUUGCAUUAUUAUGAUAAUCUUUGCAUGGCUGCGAUGUCUGAACAGACAAUGCACAACGUGACCACUGAAGCAAAAUUUCUUCAAAAACUGAUACAAGAAGGAGUUGUGAAAGACCUCAGUGGAGGAAUAUACUGUGACUUCUGCCAUGAAACAAGCUCGUGA